AUGAGGCUGAGUACCGGGCCUCUUUCAUCUUCGGUUGGUGAGCAACCAAUAACCAGCACCACCUCCGCCGCAGUUGUUUCUCAUCCCACAACACCAUCAGCUUCAUCUCCUUCCAUGCCGGUCAUACCUUCAUCACCAGCAACUGCUACAUCACCCCCAUUGACCGCAGACACCCAAGAGGAGGAUGUCCCUUCUCCCCAGUCCCCAGACCAUGGGAAUUUGGGGCACAACUAUUCUCCCCCUUCUACAGAUCCCCAAGGGAGGAGGAGUAUCUCCCUCUCGCUUAAAUCCGAGCGGGAUCAAUUGUUGGCCGAGAGGGACCAAAUUGAUGCUCGCCUCCCGGUGUUGGAAGCAAAAGCUGCUGAAGCUGGUGAGUUAGAGGCUCGGCUUCAACAGAGUGAGCAGGAAAUGAUAACCCUUAGCCAAGAAGCCUCUCAGUUAAAUCGCGAGGCUGCCUCCAUUGAACGAGUGAAUAAUUUAAAGGCAGCCUUGAAUUUCAAGACUGCAGAGGCUGCUACUACUGAAGAGAAGCGUGCCCAGAUGGAGGAUAGGUAUAAGAGGAUCAUGGAGCAUAAUAAGGUUCAUAUAACCAAUAUCUGUGAUCUUGACCUUAGCCUUAGCGCAACAAGAUCCGAACGGAAUGGCCUUUCGACUGAGGUUGAUCGGCUUAAAUUAGAACUCAAGCGUCUAGCAGAUUCCCUCAUCAUUGAGAAAACUUAUUCUAUGUAUAGCAUGAGGAGAAAAACCUUGGAAGAGGCCAAAGCGAAUGUCAUUGAUAUUGACGAUGAAAUCGCUAAGGCUCGAGAAGUGGAGUCAACCGCUCGAAGACGCCUUCCGGUUCAGCCUGAUGCAACCGACUCUUCUAGAUCUGGUUCCGAGUUUCCAGGAACCGAGGAGGAAAUUGAAAAAAAUAAUGAUAAUGACCAAGAUCUCGAGCCAGUGGCAGAUCCGCCUACUUCUCCUGGGGGCGCCGAUGCUUCUCUUUCCCCGAGUUCCGGGGGCGAUAUAGUUUAG